AUGUUUAUCACAGCUGAAAAACUUGCUAAACGAAUAUUCGAGAAAGAUAGGAAAACAAUUAAGAAAAAUGUCUUUACUAAUCUAAAGGUCAUUGAUGUUAGUGCAGGAGGAGAGCCAGCAGCUGAAGCUUUUUACAAAAAGGCUAUCCCAAAUGCAUUAUUUCUCAAUGUCUUUAAAACUUUAAAAGAUAACCAAGCAAAAUAUCCAAAUGGUUUUCCUUCUGCUGAGGUUGUGAAGGAGAGCCUUGAAGCAUUAGGAAUAAACAAGACUGAUGAAUUGGUUCUCUAUUUUCAUCCGGGGAAGCACUCAGGAGCUACGAGAGCAUACGUAAUUCUAAACCAUUAUGGGCUUAAUGUCAAGAUUCUUGAAGGAGGCUUAAGGAGCUACGAAGGUCUAGGGUUACCAACUCAGCAAGGUACUGAUUACUCUGGAGAAAGAUCUAUAAUUGGCUCACUUAAGUCAUCUAAAGACUUAGUUGUGACUCUUGAGGAGAUGCAUAACUUUGAAGAAGGCAAAGUCGACACAUUCCAAGUUAUUGAUUGUAGAGCAGCCAAAUCAUUCAAUGGUGAAGCUACCGAUAAUAUUGAGGGCUGAAGGCAAGGUAAUAUUGAGGGUUCAAUCAACAUUGAGGCAUCAGAGUUUAUGAAUCAGGAUGGAACCUUCAAAUCUGAAGAAGAAAUUUGUGAUUUAGCAGCUAAACACAAAUUAGAUCCCAAAAAAGAGAUCGUAUGAAUGUGUCGAACUGGAAUUGCUGCUACAGUAGGUAUAGUUGGAUUUAUGAAGGCUUCAUCCAUUGGAUUUCCAAAAAUAAAGCUCUAUGAUGGCAGCUGGAGCGAGUAUGGGUCUAAUUACUAA